AUGUCUGAUAAGCUUACGCGUAUUGCGAUUGUCAACAGUGACAAGAAAUGUCGUCAAGAGUGCAAGAAGUCGUGUCCGGUGGUCCGCACAGGCAAGCUUUGCAUUGAAGUCGACUCCACCUCCAAGAUCGCCUUCAUUUCCGAGUCGCUGUGCAUUGGAUGUGGUAUCUGCCCGAAGAAAUGCCCCUUUGGCGCAAUUCAUAUCAUCAACUUGCCCACCAACUUGGAAAGCCAGGUCACCCACCGUUAUUCGGCCAACAGUUUCAAGCUCCACCGACUUCCGAUGCCUCGUCCUGGUCAGGUCUUGGGUCUGGUCGGAACCAACGGUAUCGGCAAGAGUACGGCGUUGAAGAUUCUGAGCGGCAAGCUGAAGCCCAACCUGGGCCGCUAUGACAACCCACCUGACUGGGAGGAGAUCUUGAAGUACUUCCGUGGUUCCGAGCUGCAGAACUACUUCACCAAGGUCCUGGAAGACGACCUGAAGGCUGUUGUCAAGCCUCAGUAUGUCGACCAGAUCCCCAGAGCCGUGAAGGGUCCCGUCAAGCAGGUACAGGAGCUUAUCAAGACCCGCUCUCAAAUGGGCAACAUGAAAGAGAUUAUGGAUGUUCUUGAACUGAACCAGGUUGCGAGCCGUGAUAUUGACCAUCUUUCUGGUGGUGAGCUUCAGCGAUUUGCCAUUGGUCUGGUCUGCGUGCAGAAAGCCGACGUGUACAUGUUCGACGAGCCUUCGUCUUAUCUCGAUGUGAAGCAGCGUCUGGCCGCUGCCCGCACCAUUCGGGGUCUUCUGCGGCCCGACGACUACGUCAUUGUUGUUGAGCACGAUUUGUCCGUGCUGGACUACCUGUCCGACUUCAUUUGCGUGCUUUAUGGUCGUCCUGCUGUCUACGGUGUUGUUACUCUGCCCUCCUCUGUCCGUGAAGGUAUCAACAUCUUCUUGGAUGGCCACAUCCCGACUGAGAACCUUCGGUUCCGAGAGGAGUCCCUCACCUUCCGUCUGACUGAGGCUGGCGAUGAUUUCAUUGCGGAUAAGGCACGCGCUUUCAGCUACCCUGCCAUGGAAAAGACUCUGGGCAGUUUCCAUCUCAAGGUUGAGUCCGGCAGAUUCACCGACUCCGAAAUUGUCGUCAUGAUGGGUGAGAAUGGAACUGGAAAGACAACCUUCUGUCGCAUGCUUGCUGGUGCUGAGAAGCCCGAUGGCACCAUCGGUGUUCCCAAGAUGAAUAUCAGCAUGAAGCCUCAGAAGAUCACCCCCAAGUUCCAGGGCACCGUGCGCCAGCUCUUCUUCAAGCGUAUCAAGGCCGCUUUCCUGUCCCCUCAAUUCCAGACCGAUGUCUACAAGCCUCUGAAAAUGGAUGAUUUUAUCGACCAGGAAGUCCAGAACCUGUCUGGUGGUGAAUUGCAGCGUGUUGCCAUUGUCCUGGCUCUGGGUGUACCGGCGGACAUCUACCUGAUCGACGAGCCCAGUGCCUAUCUGGACUCCGAACAGCGUAUCGUGGCUGCUCGUGUCAUCAAGCGUUUCAUUAUGCACACCAAGAAGACUGCCUUCAUUGUCGAGCACGAUUUCAUCAUGGCUACCUACCUGGCCGACCGUGUCAUUGUGUUCGAUGGCCAGGCGUCCGUGGAGGCUCGCGCGAACACCCCUGAGUCUCUGGUCACUGGCUGUAACAAAUUCCUGAAGAGCUUGGAUGUCACCUUCCGCCGUGACCCCAACAGCUACCGCCCACGUAUCAACAAGUACCAGAGUCAGAUGGACCAGGAGCAGAAGUUGGCCGGCAACUUCGUAAGUAUUCCCGAGCAAUUUUGUCCAUGGGCUAUGCUAACUUGUAUCGUGAACAGUACUUCUUGGAGGAAGAGAACUGAAGUGGGCGUUCCUUUCGAGCAUCACCGCCACCGUCACAAUCGUGAUGGGCGCGAUUCUGAGCGGCGGCGCAAUUGGCGACGUGGCAACCGGAAAAUCAUAUGGUUAAUGGCGUUCCCAGGUGUUUUCAGAGCUGCGGCGGUUCAAUGCAGGAAGCUCCGUGCCCACGGAGGGUCUUCCAGCGACGAGGAUGGGUCCUCAGAGGAUGACGAGGAUGAUGACUAUGAUAGCAUCGACGGCUAA